CGCCUCUCCCGGGGAAGAGGGCGGCUUCCCGGGAAGCGGGCCGCCGCCGCAGCCGCCGGGACUCGGAAGUGCCGAGAGGGUUGUUGGGGACUCGUGGCGCGCGUGAACGCCGCCUCCGCUGCCCGGGACAGCCCGGAGAUAUCUUCCCAUCAUCAAUAAUACUUAGCUCUGAGAUGCUCUGGUCUUCCAGCUUGGAGUUGCUGUUCUGUGUUCGUAGUUUUCCUCUUCUUUAAUCCUCCUGCCUCCUGGACUAAUUUCAAGCCAGAAACUCUCAGUGUGUCUGCCAAGACCCUUUGUCACGAGGAGCAAUGCUGCCCCGAUGGGAACUGUCUUUUUACCUAUUUGCUUCACUAGGCUUCCACUUAUAUUCUUUCUAUGAAGUUUACAAAGUCUCAAGAGAACAUGAAGAGGAACUGGACCGACAGUUUGACCUGGAGGCCGGCACUUUAUUUGGAGGAUUUAAGAAGGACCCAAAUGACUUUGAGUGGAGCUUCUGGAUGGAAUGGGGAAAACAGCAGCUGGUGCGGUUCCUGCUGGGCCACAUGGCUGUGUCUCAGGUGGCCGGCGUGCUUGCAAGGAAGCACAGACCCUGGAUCCUGGGGGCUUACGGAAUGUGGGCCUCCUGGUGUGUUCUGGGGGCCCAAGGCACGGCCAUAAUUUUUCUCCACACCCUCAUCUCCUUCUGCGUGGCCCAGUUCCAGUCGCAGCUCCUGUCAUGGCUCUGUUCUCUCUUCCUGCUCACCACACUGAGGCUGCAAGAUGUGGAGGAAGUUAAGAGGGGGUGGUACCAGACGGAGAACGAGUACUACUUGCUGCAGUUCACGCUGACCGUGCGUUGCCUGUACUACACCAGCUUCAGCCUCGAGUUCUGCUGGCAGGAGACUGAGAACAGCUUCUACUCCUUUCCCUGGCUGGUGGCCUACGUCUUCUAUUACCCCGUCUUCCACAACGGGCCCAUCCUCAGCUUCCCAGAGUUCAUCACCCAGAUGCAGCAGCAAGAGUACUGCUCGCUGAAGUCCAGCCUUUCAGCCUUUGCCCUGGGGCUGGGUCGCCUCCUCUGCUAUUGGUGGCUGGCAGAGCUGAUGGUUCACCUCAUGUACAUGCACGCCAUCUACAGCAGCGCCCCUCUCCUGAGGGCUGUCUCUUGUUGGACCUUAGGAGGACUGGCAUUGGCUCAAGUGAUCUUCUUCUAUCUGAAGUACUUGGUUCUCUUUGGUGUCCCAGCUCUGCUCAUGCGCCUGGAUGGACUCACACCACCACCCCUCCCUCGCUGUGUGAGCACCAUGUUCAGUUUCACGGGGAUGUGGAGGUAUUUUGACGUUGGACUGCAUGAUUUCUUAAUCAGAUGCCCUUUCGCACAAACCUCAGCCUGUGCCUGGCUGAGAGAGUGGAUUAUCUGGGAAACAGACUCUGAGAUGAGUUCUGAAUGCAGGUAUGUGUACAUUCCAGUAGGCGGGUCCCAGCAUGGCCUGCUGAGGACACUGUUUGCCACUGCAGUGACGUUUGCAUUUGUGAGCUUCUGGCAUGGUGGCCAUGACUACCUCUGGUACUGGGCAGCGCUCAACUGGCUGGGAGUCGUCGCGGAGAACACCGUCCAGAGGCUUGUGCAGACCCCGUGCAUCCAGGACAGCUUGAUUCACUUCCUCUCCCCACAAGCCCGCCGUCGAUUCCACGCCGCCUUUGCGUCUUGUUCCACCUCCAUGCUGAUCCUGUCCAACCUGGUGUUUCUUGGGGGCAGUCAAGUUGGGAAAAUCUACUGGAACAGGAUCUUCAUACAAGGUGGUGAUCUCAGGGUCCACGGUCCACGAGUCCUAGCUCUGCGUCACGCUCUGUGCCGACAGUUCAGAGCCUGGAACCUGCUUCGGAUUCUGUGUUUCUGUCUCUCUCUGCCCCUCCCCUGCUCACGUUCUGUCUCUCUCUUUCUCUCCCUCUCACUCUAUCAAAAACAAAUAAAAAACAAUUUAAAAAAAAGUUUCCUAGUCUUCCUUCCUAAUCAUCCCAGCCUUCAGUAUACUGCAGAAGUCUAACCUUUCAUUUACCGCUCUGAGCAUCCUGGCCAGCAAGGUCCUGGAAGCCCCACUGUGCUCUCAUGUAGCUGUGGGCUUGGCACCCAGAUUUGCCACAGCUCUUUGUUGUAGGUGUUCUUGUCUGAACAGCGGGAUGCCAACACUCAUGGCCAGUCUUGUAUGUAAUGUGCAGGAAGCAGUGUGUGUCGGUGUCCUCCAGCAGGUAAAAUGCUGGUCUGUGGGGGUUACUGUGGAAACACUGCAUUAAUAAUCGAUCAUCAUUUAUUUAUGGUCCCUACUGCUCUUAGGCCAGAACUAAGAGCUCUGUCACGGCCUUGGGAGACUUGGGAGAAUGAGGCCUGCCUACAGUGCACAUUACUCCAGCCAGUUUACCGGGUGUGAAAAGCCAAGGUCCCCUGUUCUGUUUCCCUGACCAAUGGCAUGGUUUUGUGCCUUUGGUCUGGGAAGUUUUGCCAGGCGGUAACGACGUGAUUGACUGCAUGACCAGGCUGUCGUCUCUACAUACGGGUCCCUGAGGAGCCAGUGAUGCUUUCACUGCAGCUUUUUUCAUACCAGAAAUAACCCCGGCACAGCUGCGUGAGCCCAGAAUGCCAGGUCACAAGUCUAAACCAUGGCAGCUUGGGGGAGCCAGGCUCAAAGGGGCCAUGAGAGAGCCCUGCUCUGCUUUCCUCUCGUCAUUACAAAACCCCUCUUUGAUCUUACUUUUUGAGAACUAUCUUAGCUGAUGGUUCCUGAAAAGACAAUGUACUUUUUAAGUGGGAGCCGUCCUUUAAUAAAGAUGGGAGCCGAUGGGGUGCAGAGGGUCUCGAGAAAAAAAACACGCUCCUUGAGGUGGGCGACAGUGUCCUACUUUCCUGGCUUCCAACCACAGUACCUAGCAUGACGCCAAGGACGCUGUGACUCGGGAAAAUGCUGACUUGGGACUUGCUGGUCACAUGGACAAGAAGGCUCCGAUCUUUGCUUCCGGAAAUGAGGCCUCAGGUAUUUGCCACUUCCAAGGCACUGAGAAUACAUUACAAAAAAGAAGCACACAUAAAUGUAGGAGCUGAACAUGCAAACAGAAAUGUGUCCACAGACUGAGGUAGUUGUGCCAGAUGCAUGAGCGACUUACCGUAGGUCAUAGGAUGGAGUGGCUUACCUUCCCGCAAAAACUGGAUUUCACAGAGGAGGUGGCAAUUGAAUUGGAGUUUUGAGCCGCAAGUAGGAACUUGCCAGGUGGAGAAGGCAGGUGUGUGGGAAUAAUUAACACUAGCUGCUCUGUCAGAUAGUUCUGAACUCUCAGUAAUCUUUUCCCAUAGAAGUUUAUUCUUCUCACAGUUCAUUGUGGGUCCAGUGGCUUUUUCUAGGCAGUGACUCCAGAACCUAGAAUGUUUCUAUGUUGAUUCUUUACUUUCUUGGCCUGGCAUCAUGGAGGAGAAGAGCACAUGGGGAUGACACACAAGUAUUAAAUAUCCCCGCCAGUGGUGACGCACAGCAUUUCUGCUCACAUUCCAUUGGCCGGAACCAGUCACGUGACCGGCCCAAGUGCAAGAGAGGGAGAUGUGGGGAAGUGCACAGAUAUUCGUAGGUUAUGGCACAGCAGGAGACAGUACAUGAGGCAACCUGGAGGUGCCCAAGGGGCAGGUAAAAAUGUGAGUUGGACUGUGGAAAACAGUAUGGCAGUUCCUCAAAAAUUAAAAUAGAAAUGCCAUAUGAUCCAGAAAUUCCACUACUGAAAAUUUACCCAAAGAAAAUGAAAAUAUUAAUUUAAAAAGAUACGUGCACCCCUAUGUUCAUUGUGGCAUUAUUUACAAUCACCAAGGUGUUUGGUGAUUACGAACAACCUAGGUGUUCGUAAAUAGAUGAGUGGAUAGAGAAGAUGUGGUAUGUAUGUGUGAUGGGAUAUUACUCAGCCAUAGAAAGAAUGAAGUCUUGCUAUUUGUGACAU